GUCUCCCUCCUCGGUCGUCUUCUCUUCUCUCCUCUAGAUCUCUCUUCCGUCGUCGUUCAACGCGUCCAGGUUACACUCGCAUUCAAUCAUCUACAUUCUUUCUCAUCGCCCUCGCAACCACUCUUGUCCCUCGUACAUCGUCAUCCAGCACUCUCAUCGCACCACAAUGGCCUCGGCUCCCAUCAGGCAGCCACGCGGGCCCCCCUCAUCCGCCGGCUCCUAUACCGCAUCAGCAGCCGCCACCGCCUCCCAGUCUUCUAGCGGUCCCGGAGGCCAUGCAUCCCCCGGACCUCCCAUGGCUGACGCAGAGAGCCUCCUCCGCCGCAACAAGACGGUGGCGACGGCUGCACGCGCCGCGCAGGCAGCAGCUCGCUCCGCAGACACUGUCGGUCCUUCCGCAACGUCAUCCGCAAAUGACGCCGCCGCCUACCGUCGCAGCCUGGGCCCUACUACCAUCGAGGCGUACCAGCGCCAACUGCGCUCUGGCUCUUUCUCCGGCAUGGCGCCCAGCCCGCAGCUUGCCGCUGUCAGUAACUCGGGAGACAGCGGCCUUGUGAGGCGUACCAGCGGCCGGGGCGACUUUGCGUCGCGCGGCGGCCAGACCACCGAGGAGACAUUGAUCGAGGCCGAAGCGGAGCGCCUCGACGAAGUUCCUUCAACCGAGCCCGGCAAUUGGUACAAGGGGUUAUCUCGGCAGAGCUCACUGCCCUCCCGCAGACUCAACGGCGUCAAUCCAGGCCUGUUCACACCAGCGGAGUCCCGAGAGCAGGCCCCACAAAGCAGCAAUGCCAGCUCGAUGCCUCCCCCACCGCCUCGGCCACCCCGCCGCGUGUACCAGCCUCCCGCGGAUCAAAACUCCUCACCUCCCCCAACUGCGGCAUCGACGCAAUCUAAUCACUCGCGAUCUUCAUCCUCGCACGCCCCGUCCCAUUCCCUUGGAUCCCUCAGCAUGCUGGCUACCAAUUAUGAACCCUCGUCAACCUCACCGGUGCCUUCGACGCCUGGCAGCGCUGGACAUGGCAGCUACAACGAGGCGGUCGCUGCCCUCCCCGCUGGCGUGUCGCGCACCCAGUCUCUCCGAGCGCACAUGCACCACAACCCCCAGACCAUGGGAGACUUGAGGCACCGGUCACUCGCGCCACAUAUCGGAGAUCGACCAAAGCGGUUUGGGGCGCAAUCUGUGGACGCCGAGUGCGCCUGCGCCCGGCGAUGACGGAUGGUCAUCGAGCACGAAUGCAGCACAGCAGUUGCAGGACGCUCUCGACGCCCUAUCUAUCCGCGACGGCGGCCAGAUGCACCGCCCAGCGCCGGCGAUGGGUGAGGAGCCCUCGUGGGUGACCAACUUGGUUGGUA